AUGGUUUUAGCCUUUGGUCUUUCGUCUGCUCCAUAUCUAUUCACUAAAUGUUUACGUCCAAUCGUAAAAUACUGGCGAGAAAACGGCGUAGAUAUUGUGCUUUACUUAGAUGAUGGACUUGGAAUGGGUAAAAAUAAACAAGAAGCUUCCGAAUGUUCAUCUUUUGUAAAAACGUCUUUGUUAGAAGCAGGGUUUCUUAUUAACAGGGAAAAAUCUAUUUUUGAACCAGUCCAAUGUUUAGAGUGGUUAGGUUUAGUUUGGAAUUCGUCUGAUUUUUCAAUUAGUAUAUCAGAUAGACGGAUUGAAAAUACACUAGCAUCAUUGGUUGAUGUUUUGAAUAACUUUCCUUAUUUCACAGCACGUAAAUUGGCUCAGGUAACUGGAAAGGUAAUUUCUAUGUGUCCAGUCAUGGGUAACAUAACUAGUUUAAUGACCCGUUAUUUACACUGGGCUAUUGAAAGCAGGGUAAAGUGGGAUUUAAAUUUAAAAUUGGAAUGUCCCGAUUGUGUAUUCAAUGAGCUCACAUUUUGGCUGAAUAACAUUCUAAGAUUGAACAGAAAACAUUUAGCAGGUUAUUCUUUUCCCCACGUGGUUGUAUACUCUGAUGCAAGUAAUGUAGCUGCUGGUGCUUACUCGAUAGAUAUUGACUCUAAUAUUUUUCAUCAGAUGUGGACUUUACAAGAGUCUAUACAGAGUUCUACUUGGAGAGAACUUCAAGCUAUUUUGUUAGCAUUGAUGUCUUUUAAAAACCGUUUAAGAAAUAAAUGUGUUAAAUGGCAUACAGAUAACAAUAACUGUGUUUUCAUUGUUCAGAAAGGAAGUUCAAAAGUACAUUUACAAGAGAUAGCUAUGAAUAUUUUUAAGUUGUGUUCUGAAUUGAAUAUUACGUUAGAAGUUGUUUGGAUCCCAAGAUCUGAAAAUACUAAAGCUGAUUAUAUUUCAAAAAUGAUUGAUAUAGAAGACUGGGGAACAAGCAUAGAAUUUUUUAAAUUUAUAGAUGAUAUGUGGGGUCCGCAUACUGUGGACAGAUUUGCGAAUUAUAUAUUUAGAUCAAUGUAUUUAUGUAAAAAAUCUAAGUCUUAUAAACUGAGAGGUCUUAAACCUUUAUCAUAUACUAGAGUAAGAGAAAUUAUAUUAUCAGCUCUUGAAUCUAUCGGUUUAGAUAAGUCCAAAUUUGGAUUACAUAGCUUGAGAUCAGGUGGAGCUACUGCAGCUGCAUCAGCUGGCAUUCAGGAUAGAUUAUUCAAGAAGCAUGGUAGAUGGGCUUCAGAUAAAGCCAAAGAUGGCUAUAUAGUUUUUGAUUGUGUUACUGUUACUGUAUAUAACUGUGCUAUUGUAUGA